AUGUUUGGCUUUACCCUUUAUAUCGCUCUUAGUUUUACCUUCUUCUGUGAGGCAACCAACCGGUCCCAGUUGUUCAAAAAUGUUAUCGAUGGACACGAGGCCAGAGUAUCGCCGUACGAGAACACUGAUAGCCUGCUAGAUGUAUCUGUUGUUAUGAGUCUUAUGACCAUAAGGGAGGUCAAUGAAAAGAAACAAACUUUUGCAGCCUCGUUGUGGAUCUCGAUGACCUGGUUUGAUCAUCGUCUUGUGUGGAAUUCUUCUCACUACAAUGGCAUUUCAUCUCUGCGAACCAAAUCAAACUAUGUUUGGACCCCAGAGUCCGUGUGCAUAAUCAAUGAACUGGGUGUUGACAAAUGUUUGUGUGAAGAUUCAGAUGUUUUAGUUCUUAAUACUGGAAUUGUUACUUAUACUACAUCUCGAGAAAGUUUAACUCUUUGUGAACUGGAUAUCACAAAAUAUCCAUUUGACGAGCAGAUGUGUUCCAUUUCUAUGGCUAAUUUGAUUCAUACUCAUGAAAACAUUACCUUAAAUAAGACAAGUUCUCGCUACCACUUCAUUUCCCACCACAACGAGGAAUGGCAGAUGCUUGGAUCGCACGUUUAUCAAUCGAAUGUUUGGGACCCCAUGUUUGGAAUGCUGCAACAGCUUCACUUCGUGUUACAUAUUCAACGGAAAUCCACCCAAGUCCUUAUUUCUAUCAUGCUCCCCAUCAUAUUGCUAUCAUUUAUCAAUAUCUUCUGUUUCGUGCUGCCUGUAGAAUCGGGAGAAAAAAUGGGAGCCUCCAUUGCCAUCUUCUUAACGUUCUCUGUGUUUCUAACUAUCGUCAACGACUACUUUCCGACGACAGAGACAACUCCUUAUUUCAUCGUUUAUAUGAAUAACAAACUUUUUCUCAGUGGAUUGACGGUAAUCUUUCAGGCUGUGGUUCUACACCAGCAUUUCAAGAAUGCUGAUAUUUCCCAAAACAAAGUGGAACCUACAUGUAUCGUACAGCCAGACAAAAAGGAAAAGCAACAAGUGAAACGUAAAUGCUGGGACACCAACGACCGAACUUUAAACAGAGCAUUUAUGUUCCUGUCUAUACUAGCUAAUCUUAUAUCCUUUCUCGUUUUCUUUAUUGUGACAAACCUAGGAUAG